AUGUAUUUUUCUAGUUUGGAACAUAACGAUUCUCAUUUAACAAAAACUGAUGCUAUUCAAACGUUUUCUACACUGUCGAUGAUUGAUGAAAAUUUGACACCAUUAUCCACGUUUCGAUUAAAACGUCAAUUGGCAACAUCAUCAUUAGAUAGUCCAGAUUUGUAUGCUGAUAAUAACAGUGUAUCAUCUACUACUGAAUCCGAAUCUAUCGGUUCAUUAUUAGAUCAUAUUGAUGAUGAUAAUGAUGAUGAUGAUGCUAAUGGUCAUAACCAAAAACAUCAACAAAUACUUAAUAAUGGCAUCGAAAAUGAAAAUACAAUUCAUCAAUUAAUUCAAACAUUGAAUGAUGAUGCACAUAUAAAACGUUCAAGUUACAAUGAAUCAGAACGAACAGAUAGUGGUAUUGGUGGUGGUUUAUCGAUACAAGACAGUGGAUCAUGGAAAUUUAGUACAUACGAGUUUCAAAAAUCAUCACCAGAUAAAAUAUCUAUACCAGAACACUUCGAUUCGAUUAAUAUUCGAAAAGUACCAUCAUUACUCAGUUUACUAACCCAAAGUAGUAGUAUUAGUCGUAGUAGUAGCAGUAGUAGUAGCAGUAGUAAUGAGAACAGUAAUUCUGAAUUAAAACAAUUUCCAUCAAAUGUUAUCAGUAUUCCAAUAUACAAUAGUAAUUAUGAUUCAACAACAAUACAUGAUAGUAGUUUACUUAAAAAAGCUGGAUGGUUAAAUGUUAAACAUUGGUUAACAAAUCAACGAAAACGCGUUGAAUUAGCCUCAAAUCGUAAAUGGAAACGUUACUGGAUUUGUUUGAAAGGACAAGAUCUCCUUUUAUAUUCUGACUAUUCGGAUAUCGAUGAACAUAUUAAUUCAAAACAAUCGAUUGACAUUCGAGAUUGUCUAUGUUAUUCAAUACCCGAAUAUCCAAAACGUGAUCAUGUUUUCUCACUAGCAACAUCAACUGGUGAUCAAUAUUAUUUUCAGCCAAUUAAUCAGACUGAAACAGAUAACUGGAUCAAAUUUAUUCAUCGUACAUGUGCACAAAAUAAUCAUUUUCGUCAUCAAAAUAUUGUUAAAGAAUUAAAACGAAAUAUACAUAAAUUAGAAAAAUUAAUUAAACAUGAAAAUACUAUGCAUAAAUUAGGUGAAUUACAAUUACAAGUAUCAACAACAACAAAAGUUCGACAAAUAAUUUCAAAACAAAUUGAAUUAUGGGAAAAAAAUUUAGAAGAAUUUCAUGUUGAUUUAUUUCGUCAAAAAUGUUAUUUAGCCGCAUUAAAUGACAAAGAUUUACCAAAUCCAAAAGAUUUAUUAAUUCAUGCUUGUUCAGGAACAAAAACAACAUUAAAUAAACUUGGCUCAUUUACUCCAUGUAGUUUUUAUUCGUGUAUCACGACAAGGAAACAAGGAUUAUCGAAUAUCAAAUGUGAUAUUAAAACUCGCCGAAAUUCAAAUACAAAUGGACAAUUGACAAAAUGUUUUUUGGAAAAAGAAAGAAAUGUAACAAGUGGCAUUUCUUCAACAGAAUCAUCCACUAUCGUACAAAUGAUUACUUGUAAUAAUCCAAUGAUGAAAACACUUAUUUCAAUUACUAAAUCAAUAACAGUGAAUGAACUAUUGAAAUGUGUAACAAAUCGUCUUGGUUUACAAACAGAUGAUUAUUAUUUACAAUUUAAUCAUAAUAAUAAUUUAUUUGUACCAAAGAAAAGUGAAAAAUUAAACACAUUACAUUAUACAAGUAUUGAAAUAUGUCGAAAGAUAUUCUAUCAAGUUACAUUAAAAUAUUAUUUAAUAUCCGGAUUAGAACUUGAUACAGAAUUAAAUGAUAAAAAUGAUCGUGAAAAUUGUUUACAAAUAUUUGUAUCAAAUGUUCAAAAUGAAAGUGAAGCAGAAAAAUUGGGUAUACAAUCUGGAGAUGAAAUUGUUCUUAUCAAUAAUUUUGUUGUACAACACAUGGAUUUAGCUAUGAUUGAUGAACAAUUUGAAAAUGGAUCAACGGUAUUAAUUAUACGUUCUUCAAGAUCUUCUCAUCCAUUUGCUAAUUCAGCAAUGAUCUUAGCUGAUUCAAUGAUACAAACUUUAAUUUGUCCUCCACCACCAUCAAUUUUUAAUCAACGUUUAUCACGACAAGUUUUAAAACAGCUCACUGUACCUAAACCAAUUGACUAUUUAAAAUCUGGUAGUUUAUUAGACAGUGAUAAUGAUGAGUACAAUAAAUAUUUGGAGAAUCACAAUCAAUUUCAACAUAUAUCCUUAUCUUCACCACCUGUUGAUCUUUUACUCAAAAAUGUUGAAGAAGUAUCUGGAUAUUGUAGACCAAUUUAUGAUGAACAUUCAUUAAAUGAACAAACAAUAUUGAAUGAACCAAGAAUUAAAGCUUUGUCGAAUGCACAACGAUUAAGAAAAGUUAUUUUUGAAUUGCUUCAAACAGAGAGAACCUAUGUACAGGAUAUGGAACGUUUGCUUGAACGCUACAUUGGACCAUUAAGAGAUGAAUCAUUGUUACCAUCCGAUCCUAUUGAAUCUUUGUAUAUUAGUGUACAAUCAAUAACACAAUUACAAGUGAAAUUUCUCAAAUGUUUAGAAAAUUCUGUACCCACAGAUGUGUUAGCUUACAAUAUUUCAAAUGAAUUUCAAGAUAUUUUAUUAUCAAUUGCCGAUACAUUUUUGCAUUAUGCCAGUCAUUUUAAAAUGUAUUCAACAUUUUGUGCUAUGCAUUUAUGUAUUCAUCGUUUACUAGAAAAUGAACAAAAUCCAAAGUUAAAAGCAUUUUUUGAUGCUCGUAAUCCACGUCAUCAACAUUCAUCAUCAUUUGAAUCUUAUCUAAUUAAACCUGUUCAACGUAUUUUAAAAUAUCCAUUAUUAUUAAAACAAAUGUUGAUGUAUACAGAUGUUAAUUCUAUAGAAAAAUUAAAAUUAUCUAAAGCUAUUGAUACUAUGAAUGAUGUGGCACAAUAUAUGAAUGAUAUGCAAACAAUUUAUGAAGAAUAUGGUCAAUGUUUUGAACAAAUAAUGAAACGAUACAGUAAUGAAAAUAAAAUGACAUUACAAUUAACAUUACCUGAUCUUCUUGCCUAUGGUGAAAUUGAAUGGAUAAAUAUUGAUGAUUUUGUUAUACAACAAAAAACAAAACAUCAAUUAGAAACAUUAUGUUUUAUAUUUCGUAAUGGUAUUAUUAUUCUAUGUCGUGAAAUUAAUAAGAAUAAAAAAAAAGAUCAACAAAUUAAAAUAGAUCGUUUUGCUUAUUUUAUACCGAUUGAACAAAUUCAAAUUGUUGAUAUGAGACAAAUUAAAUCUACGAAUGAUCCAUUAUUUGUUUGGGAGUUAAUACAUGUAAAUAGAAUACAUUUUAUAUUGGCUAAUAAAAAUGAAGACGAGAAAGACACAUUUAUUAAUACAAUAAAUAAUUGUAUUAGAUACUAUGGACAGUUUUCAUCCACAUCAUCAAUUCGAUGGAGAGAAACUUGUAAAUCACCAUUAAACAAUAGAAAUUCUGAAAUAUUAUCAUCAUCAUCUCCAACGAGAAUAAUAGUUGAUAAGGAUACACCGUUAAGUAAAUCGUGUCAUACACUUACGGCCACUUUUGUUUAUCAAAAUGAUGAAACAAGAAGUCCAUCACCUAUUUGGAAAAGACGUAAUCAAAAUAAAAAAAAUUAUCGAACAAAAAUUAUUCGAAAUUUCACUGAUACAACUGAUUGUUAA